UUCGACCACUUACUUCUUAUUUGGUUCAUAUUUAUCCAACUCUCUACUAGCUGCUGCGAAGCUCAAACGUGGGCGACGAACAUCAUUGUCCAUCGAGAUUCUCUCCGACACGGAAUACAAACCAGUCAUCAAAAAAAUGAAAGUAGGCACUGCGGUGAAGCAGGAGCUUGAGGAGCCAGCGUCGGAUCUCCGGGCAUCGAGUAUUAUUAAUGCGGCCUCACAGCCUACGAAACUUUUUUUAGAAAGUUCUAAUGCAGAUAUGGAUGAUCUCCCUGAUGUUAUUCGACAACUGUCUCUGGUACCACAGACCCCAAGCAAAAACACUGUCCCCUCCACUGGCUCUUUUUUCACCGGGUCACGUUUCGGCACUGCUGAUUUACUUUCGACACAAUUUCAUUCACCCAUUGUUCAACGCCGUCGUGUUGCCAUGCCACCCGACUUCGUAGAGCCCCAAGCAUCUGAUAUCAUAUUGCGUGGUAUCCGCGACCCCGAUAGUCCAUCUGCCCCUCCUCGUAUUAAUCCCUGUAUCUUUUCUAGUACCAUAAUGAUCACUAUGGAGUCCUUAUUGCCUAUACCUUGCUACUACCCUAACCAGCUCAUCCAUACUAUAUGCAUUCCCUUACCAAUAAUACUCACAUUAACCAACAGCCAGGCCUCAAAAAGAUUCGAGGCUUUGCCGAUGCUGGCAACCUUCAGUUUUUUUUUGCUUUCCGACUACUACUAGUUACUAGCGCUUAUAGCAGACUUGCUUGUUGAAAAAUUCAUGAUAUUGACAUGAAAUACUAUUGCAACGACUUCGAAGCUUCAAGCUUCAAGGCCCAACUAAGCUGCUUUUGUAUCGCGCACUCGAC